ACCAGGUGGCGCCGCGGAUCCACUUCUCCACUGAAACGUUUCCGUUUACCGGAUCAGCUCUGAUUGAUCAAUUUAACGGCAGAUCCCGGAUAACAGAAACUUUUGGGUCAUUUGUUUUAAACUUUUAACCAAAGUUUGUUUUUUAAGUUCAGGUGAUUUUACGUGAAGUGAAACUUUCUUCUAAAAUAACUUUUGGAUCCUUUGAUCGGCUCCGUCGUGUCUCCCGCUCCUCCCGCGUGUCUCCGGGUUUUCGGCGGUGAUCCGUUCGGGAUCUUUGGACACUAAAGUCCAGCCUCCGCGGAGGAAACGGGAAGAGACCCGCGCGCUCCGACUACAGCGGGAAUCCACGUCGGUGUCACAGACGGCAUCAGAACUUCCCCGGUCUGAUCCAGAUCUUCUCCUCACCAGAACCACGCACGCGUCCGCGUGGAUCCCGCAAGUCCGUUGAGGAUUCGGAGGAGGAGGAGAUCUGGAGGAGGAGGAGGAGGAGGAGGAGGAGGAGGGGGAGGAGGACGGGAUGCUGAGGAGUCAUCCCUCUGAGGAUGCUGUCCAUCACAGAACCGCUCCUCUCCUGCGCGUCAUGACGCGCGCGCUCGCUCGCUCCCGUUAGCCAAACUGGAUAAGGAGGGCAUGUGAGGCGCGCUCUCGUCGGAUUCUUCCAUGCAGAACCCCUCAUCGGUGGUCGGGAUGGUCAGCCACUGUCAGACCCCGACCUUCCCGGACUUCGCGGGCUUGGCGCUCUCCGUGACGGAGAUGUGCAGCCGCCGCGCGGGAAGCGGCGCCUUCGGAUCCCAGCUGUGCCGGAGCCCGCCGCCGCACGUGAGCGGCGCCAGCCCGAAGAGGCGCGCGCUGUCCGAGGACCAGGCGCAAGUGGCGGGCAAGAGCGCGCGCCUGAGCCUGCCUCCGGGUCACGUGAACGGGUUCUACUGCUCAGAGAGGGAUGCAGACGCAGAGGCGGGGGAUGCUGAGGGCAGCCUGAUGCGCGGCGGGCCGAGCCUGGCGCUGCUGCUGGGGGGUCAGUCUGAUGGGCUUUACCCUCACGGCCUCCACUGCAGCAGACCUGCAGCUGACCUCCUCCUGCAGGACGGCCCUCAGGAUGCCAGAGGCUGCUCUGCCUUCCACGGGGCCUCGGCGGGGGCCUCGCCAAGCCUGGCCUGCUCCGCCGCCGUUUACCCCAUCAAGCAGGAGAACUCAGCUGGCUACAAGAUCUCUGGCGUCCACGGCCAAUCGCAGACCGGCUUUCUGGCCUGCCGGGCCAACCAGGGGUCGGAGGCGUCCAGAGACGGGACGGUCGAUGCCACGCGCGCCGCCAGCAGCAGCCGAGUGUGCGCAGUGCGGUCUCUGGGCGGUGGCGUGUCAGGAGACGCAGCACAAGCGUUUAAUAAUGAAGAUGGCUCCUCCCCGCUGGCUUUGUCCCCGGCGGACUCCCAUCAUUCAGCGCGGCCGCUCAGCGCUGGCGACGUGAAGAGGCGCUGCCUGCUGCUGGCCUCUCACUCCUCCACCGCCGCCGCUUCCCCGUCAGACGCCGACCACCUCAACCUCGCCGCCAUCCUCUGCUCCUCCCAGAUGUCCAUGGUCGCCGGCGUCUGCGGGUUCCAAGCCAACGUCUCGCCAAGCCACGCCAGCAGCACCGGCUUCUCCUCCUCCUCCUCUUCCUCCUCCACGUCCCCACCCUCUGCGUGCCCACAGGGAGCCUCCCAAAGGCCCCCACCGCGGAGGAGCCCCCAGCAGGCCAUGCUGCAGGAGAGCUGCCAGCUGUCCUCACCUGCCACCUGCCUGCUGUCCCUCUCCUCCUCCUCAUCCUCCUCUUCAGAGUCAUUGGUGGAGCCGGAGCGGCGGGGCGCAGGGCUUUGUGAGGAGCGGGGCGCCGUUCCGCGGGGCCGACGGGCCGGGGGAGUGGGAGGAGCGAGGGGCUCCGACGGGCUGGGGCUGCUGCUGACCGGGACCGUCAUGUCCGGGGAGGUCGGGGCGGUUCUGGAUGGGGGCGCACUGAAGCAGGAGCCCCUGGACGACUUCUCCCCCAGCGAAGACGAGCUUUUCCAGCACCACUUCCACCGCCACCAUCAUGGCGCCAGUGGACACUUUCGUCACACGCCUCGCCCCAGCAUGCCCCCUCCCUAUCACUUACACCAGUACCCCGGAGCCGGCCCCGGGGGGCCACUGCACCCCCAGAGCCAGCCCACAGCGCCCGCCUCCUCCCUGGGACUCAAAGCGACCGUCGGGGGCCGCCAGGCGCCUCACGCCGCUGCAGAGUGGGACGAAGCGGAGGGAGGAGCGCCGGCGGAGAAGCAGGUGUGCCGCUGGAUCGACUGCAGCGCGGCGUACGAGCAGCAGGAGGAGCUAGUGAGGCACAUCGAGAAAGUCCACAUCGACCAGCGCAAAGGGGAGGACUUCACCUGCUUCUGGGCCGGCUGCAUCCGCCGCUACAAGCCCUUCAACGCCCGCUACAAGCUGCUCAUCCACAUGCGGGUCCACUCUGGAGAGAAGCCCAACAAGUGCAUGUUUGAGGGCUGCAACAAAGCCUUUUCCCGCCUGGAGAACCUGAAGAUUCACCUGAGGAGCCACACAGGAGAGAAGCCGUACCUGUGCCAGCAUCCCGGCUGCCAGAAAGCUUUCAGCAACUCCAGCGACCGAGCGAAGCAUCAGCGGACUCACCUGGACACGAAACCAUAUGCCUGUCAGAUCUCUGGCUGCACUAAGCGCUACACGGAUCCCAGUUCGCUCCGCAAACACGUCAAGAUCCACUCGGCGAAGGAGCAGCAGGUGCACAGGAAGCUGCGGCCGUGCCCCCACCUGGAGCAGGACGUCCUGAGCGACUGCCUGUCCAUGCAGCAGCUCCAGAGCUCCGCCCCCUCGCAGCCUCCUCCCGCACUGACCGCAGACAUCUACGCAGGCCUAUACGCUGACUCCAACACCCCCCAUCACGCUGCCUCAGGGGAGCUCCUCCCCCCUAACCCUGCCUCCGUCCCCGACCUGACCCCCCGACAACACCGACUGGACCAGGACCUUGGAAGUCCUCAUCAUCUGUCCCCUCUGACGGCCAUGGAUGGAGCCAGGGAUGGCAUGUCAGGCCCCCUCCUGCCCCCCGGGCUGAAGGCAGAUCCUCCUCUGGAGAAACAGCACUCCCACCUUCAUCACAAACCGUAUCCUCAGUACCAUCAUCAUCAUCAUCAGUCAGCAGGUGAAGAAUACCAGGGCAACUUUCAGAGCUGCUUCCACUUCGGAGACUCCUACAGGAUGGAGCAGGCGGUGGACGGCGUCCACGCCCCCGGAGACUCGCACCUUUACUCCUCCCACCAGCACAACGGCUUCCACAUGCCGGCCGGCGGCCCCGGCUCUGCAGGCUUCGGUUUGGUGCCGGAGCUGCAGGGCGGCGCCGCGUGUCCGUUCCCCCCCACCGCAGAGGAGAACCUGUUCUUCCAGGGGGGCAGCUUCGACCGCAGCUUGAGCCACAUGGCGUCCGUCUACACCGAGACAUGAAGGGACGUUCACCUGCAGACACGUCCCGACAUCCAUCCAACGUCAUCACGAGACGCUUCCUCUCAAACCGCGUCUCAGAUUCAAACCGUCUUAUCGGCAGAACUCCACAUUUACCGUUUACGACUCGGUUCUGUUGCAGUUCAGGUGAAAGUCUCUCCAGCGUCUUCACUUUCAACGUUAGGACAUCGGGAAUCCGUUCUCCUGGACGAUCUUCUGGCUUCCCUCCAACCUAAGGUCUGCUUUAGACUGAAGUCAGAAUAUAUCAUGUUGCUGUGACGUUUAAAUAAUGAAGAAAAAAAAGGUUCAUUCUGUUUGUUUGUGUUUCUUUGGAUUCAUGUCAUUCAUUCUGCAAAAUUGUUGAUAAAAAAACCUCACACUAUGA